CCGGAAGUGUUUCUCUGCAGCGCUGGGAGAUCGGCGUGACUUUGAAAGGCAUCCUGGUCACUAUGCGGCUCCUGAAAGCGGCCUGUAUUCUGGGGCACCGGCCCUUCCGCCAGACCGGGCUCUGCCGGGGGAGGCAGGUGAGGAAGGGAUAUGGUGCAGGCACCCAGUGUAUACUUCUACCCAGUGACUGGGAUAAAACAAACUUAAUGAAGGGUCAUUACCGCCUGUGUCUGGGGUAUGGGGUACCAGACAUUGAGACAUGACUGCCAUGGGUCCAGGGUAUGGGCUACCAGACAUUAAGACAUGACUGCCAUGGGUCCAGGGUAUGGGCUACCAGACAUUGAGACAUGACUGCCAUGGGUCCAGGUUAUGGGCUACCAGACAUUGAGACAUGACUGCCAUGGGUCCAGGGUAUGGGCUACCAGACAGUAAGACAUGACUGCCAUGGAUCCAGGUUAUGGGGUACCAGACAGUAAGACAUGACUGCCAUGGGUCCAGGUUAUGGGGUACCAGACAUUGAGACAUGACUGCCAUGGGUCCAGGGUGUGGGCUACCAGACAUUGAGACAUGACUGCCAUGUGUCCAGUUUAUGGGGCACCAGACAUUGAGACAUGACUGCCAUGGGUCCAGGGUGUGGGCUACCAGACAUUGAGACAUGACUGCCAUGGGUCCAGUUUAUGGGGCACCAGACAUUAAUACAUGACUGCCAUGGGUCCAGGUUAUGGGGUACCAGACAUUGAGACAUUAAGACAUGGGUCCAGGUUAUGGGGUACCAGACAUUAAGACAUGACUGCUAUAGGUCCAGGUUAUGGGGCAUCAGACAUUAAUACAUGACUGCCAUGGGUCCAGGUUAUGGGGUACCAGACAUUAAGACAUGGGUCCAGGUUAUGGGGUACCAGACAUUAAGACAUGACUGCUAUAGGUCCAGGUUAUGGGGUACCAGACAUUAAGACAUGACUGCCAUGGGUCCAGGUUACGGGGUACCAGACAUUGAGACAUUAAGACAUGGGUCCAGGUUAUGGGGUACCAGACAUUAAGACAUGACUUGCAUAGGUCCAGGUUAUGGGGUACCAGACAUUAAGACAUGACUUGCAUAGGUCCAGGUUAUGGGGUACCAGACAUUAAGACAUGACUGGGUCCAGGUUAUGGGGUACCAUACAGUGUAAACCGUUGGGUUUGUAUGAUUGCAGUAAUGUAGUCGGAAUGAUGUAGCAUUUCUUUUCACCCCAUUAUAAUGUGAUAUUUACAGCUGCUUGACAUUGCAGUUAAAUUUAUGUCCAAAUUUCAUGUAAGAGUCCUGUCCAUAGGGGUAGAUAUGCUGUAGUAAGCCAGCACUCUACGAAAUCAGUAUACAUAAAAAAUGUUCUGCUGAAUGAUGUGUUGACAAUGUCAGUAUAAUAAAAUACCAGAAGAGUGUCAUGCAGCAUUUACAGUCUUUAAUAAUACAAAUAAAAGCUUAGUAGCUCCAUGUGGCUGAUGCAGCACCUGGGCAAAAUUCUACUUGAAUCUCUGGAAGAGUAAGUAUGAGACUGUCACUUUGAGGGUAAUAAAGAUUUUUUUUUAAAUGUAUUUAUUAAUUAUUUUUGGAGUGCAUUUGUAGUUGACAGAAACACUUGUCAGAAUAAAACGCGAAUAUUAUACAUUGUUUUGUCACACUUAUAACAGUGAUCACGCUAGCUGGUCUGCACGUUUUAAUUUUACAUGCUUUUGUCUCUCUAGGCUAGGUGGAGUAUUGCGUUGAAUAGCGUAGUGUGGGAGACUGAUGAUGAGCGUAGCUUAAGGUUAUGUCGUGCGUACUCGUUAGUGCUUUACAGUAACUAGGUGCCAUGUUAUGGCCAUGGAUUGUAGGGUGAGGCGUAGUGAGUCCUAAAGUUGUGGUCUUUAGGUGGGUUCGGUGCCAGGCUUGUCCGCCCCUCUUUGAGCAUCAUGCCCCUGACCUAGGAGGUGGGGGGGGGGGGUGAUAUCCCACCAAGUAAGGUGUGUUGGUGUGGAAGUGUUCCUAUAUAUGAUCCAUGCCCUAUGCCGGUCAGUGCUCCUGUUUGUGAUUUUUUUUUUGCUGGUAAACUUCUGGCUCACUAAGUAAAAAAUAAUAUAAACUUAAAAUUAAGGCUUAACAGGUUAAAACCUGAGAUGAAGGCAUAACAAUGGGUCUUCUUUGAACUUCCGCGCAGAGCAACGUUCUUUGGGGCAACUUGGCGAUGUGAGUCUUGUGUGGGCUCUGGGUAGUCAAGUCAUAUUAGGGCCUCUGGGGACAAAAGACGCUCUAUUAUCUAGAUCCCAGGAUUUGUCAGGGCCAUCGGCGGGAGUUCCCGUAGCAGGUAAUAGCAGUCUUAUCGCCUCCAGAAAUGCUGUAGUGUCAUCAGGCGUGCGGAGGGUAUGUAUAGCUCCAUUGCGUUUCGCCACUAGGGUGCCCGCUGGACCCCAGUGGUAUUGCACCCCCGAGGACCGAAGGUGGGUGGUUACUGCCCCCAGUGAUUUGCGCCACUGAAGAGUUGCCUUGGAGAGGUCUUGGAAAAAGUGUAGCUGUGAGUCCUCAAACCAUAUGGGCGUCUUUCCUCGGUUCACCGCCAUAAUGUAGGCCUUGUCGUUGGUUGAGGUGCAGCGAAUUAUAAAAUCCUGUGGUGCGGAGGUGGUUCCUAAGCCUGGAAUGCAGUAUGUCCCUUGUUCACCGCGGGUGGUAGGAUAGUGGCUAGCAGCCUCCGGGUAUAAUGGAGCAGCUCCUCCGCUGUUAUCCCGGCUGGGAUGCCCCUAAGGUUGCACUGCUGGGUGUUUAUCUGCUGUACUGCGCCGUUAAAGUUGGACACUGCAGUUUUGGUGCUUUGGAGGUUAUUCUCCGCAGCCUUGAUGAGGUCUGUAUUGGCCUGUAUUUCUUUUUGAAGAAGCGCUCGGUCCGCAGCCAUCAUCUGAUGCAGGUCAGAGAGGAGCACCUUGAGAUCCCCUUUGGUUGUCGGGGGUGAGGUGGAGGCCCUGUUUUUUUGUUGUUUUUUUUUUCACCCAAAGUAGUUUAAUCUGUUUAUUUUCUAAUUCCAUUUGUAUGAAUGGCGUAUCUGCUCUGGCACAGUGUGGUAUCAGGUUCAAAUAAACUCUCACUUGCUAUUACACUUAUGGCAUCUUGGAAAGAUUGUAGGAGAGGUGCAGACUAACAUGGCUAUAUACUAAAAAUGGGAAUUCAAGGUAAAUUUCAAACUUAGUGGCGCUGUCACCUGGUACUUAUCUUACUCAAAUCUUUCCUCUUUCCCAACCUGGAAAUUUUUGAUCAAUUUUUAUUUUAAAACAUAAGACAAAGUAGAGGCUACUUUAUUUUAUGUGUUUUCCUAUGCCAGACAUUGUCACCCAGAUAAUGGUGCAGUGUCCCAGUCCCACUUUGUCCUGCAAUUCAAAAAUAAUUACCUUCCAGGACUAAGACUUUCUCCAUUGGCUGUAAAUAAGACAGCCACUAGAGACUUUUUUCAUGGAUGCUAGUGGACUCUAGGUACUCUGCAUGAGAACUUCUGGUGUUUGUGAAAUCCCCUUAGGAAAGCAUUGAAGCAAUGCUUUCCUAUAGGGAGUUCCUCAUGUGCAUUGCACCUUCCAUCACGCAAUCAUAUAACGUUGGAGGAGGCUGCUUUUAGCUUCCAAGGGGAUAGGGGUGGCAAAGAGCACUAUAGUGUUACAACUUUGUAUUCCUAUCACUAUAGUAUCCCUUUAAGGCAAGCCCCACUUUUGUCAUGGUAAAAUAUUCCAAAAUACUCCACCUUCAUGCCAAGUCCUCCUUCUGUGUGCUCACAAGAUCAUCUUAACUUAAAGGGAUUUUCCAGUGCCAGGAAAACGUAUUAGUUUUCCUGGCACUGCAGGACCCUGUAGUGCCCCUCUCACCCCCCAUCCCAAGUUGCUGAAGAGGUUAAAACACCUUCAGUGACUUACCGGAGUCGAGCGCCGAUAUCCCUUGGCGCUGGUCAGGCUCCGCCUACUCUCCUCCCCCACCUACAGCAUGCGCAUUAGACCUCCCCAUACAAAAGCAUUAUUCAAUGCUUUCCUAUGGGGAUUUUGGCGACGCUGGAGGUGCUCACAUAGCAUGAGGACGUCCGGCGUUGCUAAAAAACAGUUUUCGUGUUCUAAGAACACGGAAGUCCAUCUAGUGGCUGUCUGAUAGACAGCCACUAGAGGGGGACUUAACCCUGCAAGGUAAAUAUUGCAGUUUAUAAAAACUACAAUAAUUACACUUGCAGGGUUAAGGGUAGUGGGAUAGUGGGGUCUGGGUGCCUGGGGUAUCCCUUUAAUACAGAGCGCUGCUUUACAAAGAGCAUGCAUGGAAUUAGGAUCCUGUUGCAUACUGGGGACAGAAGAAGGCGGUGGCCUUACCACUAGUUUGAAGAUGGAAGUGAAAAAGGAUCCGGUGUAGGUAAAGAGGAGAUCUGUGAGAACAUUAUCAUGAAUCAUGGACAGUUAGGAGUAGAGGAAUGAGGGUUAUAAAAUCAAAGCGUGCAAGUUGCUUUAAGGUCAAAAGUAGCUGAACUGAAAGUGCUGCUGACUUAGAAUGUUUUUUAAAAUUGGCUAUUAUGAUCUUAAGUUUGAGUUCACCUUGAAUUCUCACUUUAGCGAAUAGCCGUGCAAGAAUCUCCUGGGUACCGCUUUAUCUUAUGUGUGUAUGUAUAUGUGUAUAUAUAUAUGUGUGUGUGUAUAUAUAUAUAUAUAUAUAUAUAUAUAUAUAUAUAUAUAUAUAUAUAUAUAUAUAUAUAUAUAUAAUAUAAUAUACACACAUUUGGAAUAUAGGACACAGGCAGUUUUUUUUAAUCCAAAUUUUGGGAUAAUCAUUUACAAUUUUACUAUAUAAUUAAGAUAUAUUUCUUAGUUUAUAUAAGUAAAUUCUGUUUUGAAAAUUAAACCCAUGUCAAACAUUUCUUUCUGCUUUGUUUUGUUCUGCAGACGUUGAAUCUCUCCAGACAUUGUUCCUCUGGUAUUGUCCCAAAUGAAAGGAUACGGAAUAUUGGUAUUUCUGCUCACAUCGACUCUGGCAAAACCACCCUUACAGAGCGUAUUCUUUACUACACUGGUAGAAUAGCCCAGAUGCAUGAGGUAUGGUGGGGACUAUGAGUUAGCUCAAAUGACAUAAAAUAGUGACACUGGUUGCAAAAACUGUGUAUAUAACAAUAACAGACAUGGUCCAUUAUGGACACUAUUGGUUUAUUGAACAGUUACACUCAUCCCGUGAAACUGCAGGUUGGGGAUUUACUACUUUUCUCUUAAAUUCAACACAUACUCAUGCAGCUUAUACCCUAUGAGUAUCAAGCUGUUUAAGAUGUAUUUUCUAAUCUGUUAGUGAUUCUCUAUAUUUUGGUUUAGGUGAAAGGUAAGGAUGGUGUUGGCGCUGUCAUGGAUUCAAUGGAGUUAGAGCGUCAGAGAGGCAUCACAAUCCAGUCAGCUGCCACUUUCACAAUGUGGAAAGACACUAACAUCAACAUCAUUGAUACACCAGGUACGGUAAAGUAUGGCAGGAUUUAAAUUCUUGGAUACACUCUGCAUUUAUUUUUUAUCUUGUAUUCUAGAAAAGGAAUCCACACUUUCCGUUAAGGAGAGAGGGACCCAUUUGUUGAAUGAUGCCGCUGUACAGAUGUGGUAUUUGCAAUGUAGUCUUCUGAUGUCAUCUUUAUUUUAACCAUCAGGUCAUGUAGACUUCACAAUUGAAGUGGAGAGAGCACUAAGGGUCCUUGAUGGGGCAGUUCUUGUCCUUUGUGCAGUUGGAGGUGUUCAGUGCCAGACAAUGACUGUGAACAGACAAAUGAAGAGAUAUGGUGUACCAUUCUUAACCUUCAUCAACAAGUUGGACCGAUCCGGCUCUAACCCUAACAAAGCAGUACAGCAUUUAAGGUUAGUUCUAUAUGUAAUCCAUUCUGUUCCUUUGUUGACAAUAGCAUCUAGUAUGUUGCCAGGAGAGGGAUGUCUUGUACAUAAAGAACAAAUCUUAUAUAUGAGCAAUAGGUUAAUAUAAUGACCAUCAAUCAUCAUUGUUUUUCGAACAAACCAGUCUGCAUUGAGCAUGCCUGGCAGGUAUACACAGUUGGAAGAUCUCUUUAACUUGCAACAUCUGACAGGGGGAGAAGAACAGGGAGUCUGAUCAGUGAGAUUAAUGCAGUGCAGCCUCCGAUUUUGGGUUUCUAUCUCCUGCUGUUGCACAUUGAUGCCCUCUUUGUGUCAUUAAUGGACUGGUUUGAAACUCAGAUGGCUGGGUAAAGGUGAGGGUGCUGAAGAAUUUCCCCUAGUUGAGAGGCAUGCCCAACAAAUCUGUCUAAUUUUAUAGUAAGUUGAUCAAUGUUUUUACAUACUUUUCAAAGUCUUUCUUGCUUUAUUUUGGUUUGUAUAUUUAUUUAAAAGUAUUUUCUGAUUUACAGAUAUUAUGUCAAGUGAUGCAUGUCCCUUUAAGUUUAUUAUGCAACUUUUUACUAAACUAACUUGCUUUCUAAUGUCUAUGUAUGUUACAUUUUGUUUUUGUGCCAGAUCCAAGUUAAAUCAUAAUGCAGCCUUUGUCCAGAUUCCUAUUGGAAUAGAGAGUAAUUUUAAAGGAAUCAUUGACCUUGUGGAGGAGCGAGCUAUAUUCUUUGAUGGAGAAUACGGGUAAGAUUUCUUUACAAGUUUUGUCAAAGUUUCGGAUCCUGUCUGCAAUAUGCAUGCUCCAUCAUUCCAUGUCUCAUUGCAACUCCUGUACUUUCAGACAAUCUGUGAGAUAUGACGAUAUCCCAGCCGACUUUAGGGCAGAGGCAGCUGAUAGACGUCAAGAGCUGAUUGAAAGCGUAGCUAAUUCUGAUGAUCAUCUAGGUGAGAUGUUUUUGGAAGAGAAAAUCCCUACUAAUUUGGAAAUCAAGGUGAGCAAAGCUUGGGAGGGUUUGAUCUGUUCACAUCUUUAGUAUUAUUAUAUUUUUGUCCCACAAUGCAAUGGUGAUUUUUAUUUUUUUGUGUGUGUGUGUGUCCAGUUAUGGUACAAGGGCAUAAUCCAUAUAAAGAUCAACUGCUCUGAUCUGUAGUGAGACACGUGAGUUAGUCUUUCUUUGUUUGCAAUGCAGCAGUGAACCUUUAUUAUAUUUCAUACCUUUUUGAGAUUUGAAUGUGUAGACACCUUUUGGCACUCCAGAUGUUGUGUACUACACCUCCCAUGAUCCUUUGCCUGCAUUAUGGCUGUAAGAGCAUUAUGGGAGAUGUAGUCCAAAACAUCGGGAGCGCUAAAAGUUGCCUACUUAUAGUGAAUGGCAACAGAAUUUAGUGAACAUUGUUGAUCUAAACAAUAGAGGCAAACCAAAAUAAAAGUGGUCAAUAGAUGACUUGCUCCCAAGGGCAUUCACAUUUGAUGUAGUCUUUGGGCCUUAGAUUAAUUAAUUAAUAAUAGAAUUAAUUAAUAGAUGAGUUCAUUAAAAUACAUUUGGCCAGUGAUUGAUUAAUCACAAACAAUGCAAAGAGGGAGAUGUUUUCAUCACUAUGUGGUGGUAAUAAACCCUUCAGUGUUUUCCAGAAAUAGUCCUAAAAUCUGUCAUAGUUCUAGCCCCUUCACAUUACAUCUUUCAAACUUUAGAUUUUUAUAGUUUUAUCUACAAAACAUUUGUUGUAGUGAUCUAUUCAUUAUGUAUGUUUUGUAUUUUACAGCUACAAAAAUGCAUUUUAGAAACACAAAUAUUGAUAUAUUUUGGUACAUUAUGCAUUGGUUGUGUGGCUUUAUUGUUGUUCUUUAUGUAGCUUCUGUAGAGAUCAAUACCAUGUUGCUUGUCUCAUGUUUUCUUUGAAUCUCUUUCCCCAUUAACCAUUGUGAUAUAAUGUAGACUGUGUUUUCUACAGCAAGCUAUACGGCGAGCUACACUGAAGAGAUUGUUUACACCUGUCUUAGUGGGAAGUGCAUUGAAGAAUAAGGGUGUACAGCCACUUCUAGAUGCUGUCCUAGACUAUCUGCCAAACCCAUCUGAAGUACAAAACUUUGCUAUUCUCAAUCAAGAGUAAGCAUCUGGAUUCAUUUAGCAUAAGGAUUCUCUCUCAUAUGUUGGUUACACUGCGAGUGCGAUGCAUAAACAUACAACUAGGGCAGUGAUAGCUAGCGUAGGCAACCUAGAUAUUGGUAAACUAUGCUUACCAUGAGACAUUGCCAGGCUGACACUGUUAUUGAGCUGCAAGAGAAAUAGAAUUAAUUCAGGAACAUCUGACCUGCUGAUAUUGGCCAUCAGAGAACUUAAAUGGACACUAUAGGCACCCAGACCACUUUAUCUCAAUUAAAUGGUCUGGCUGCCAUGUUUGUCCCUAUCCCGUUUUAACCAUGCAGGUGAAAACAUUGCCAUUCUGCAAAAUGGCAAUGGUUUUAUUGCAAGAUUUAAAUGCCAUUUGUGGCUGUCACUCAGACAGCUACUUUAGGCACUUCCACUGAAAUAGCAGAGUAAAACUCUAUUUCAAACAGAUGGUCUCAUCCAGACCAUCUGAUUGGUGCAGCACAGCCACCCAAUGCGCUCUAGCCUCCCAAUGCUUUCCUAUGGCGUAAUCUCUAUCAUUCCAGCCAAGGAGGCAAAUAAGUAAAAUACCUUUUAUUUUUACUACAUGCAGGUAGAGGCCAGGGGCCUAAAUAUUUACAUUCCUAGCACUAUAAGUGCAAAGUGUACAUUUGUGGACCCGGUUAUCAAAGUGAGGUAAAUUACUAAGUCAUUUACUGACUUAGUGCUUAGUUUACAUUUUUUUUAUUUUGCUUGCAAAUCUAUACCAACGCAUAGAUAUCAGCUAUGCAACUUACCCAUCCCUUCCAGCUGUGCUGUACUACAACUCUUAUGUUUACUCAGCAUUGUGGGAGUUAGGAAAUGAGCCCUAAUAAUUUGCUGACAUCCUAUAAACUGAUAGUGUUAUGUGACAGGCUCCAUUAGAAGCAGUGAUUUAAUUUUAGAUAUGACCACCAGAUGGAGACCAAUCACCAUAUAUAUUUCACAUUCCUCUUUAAAAACAGCCUUGUUAAAGUGUCAUAACGUUAGAUGAACAGGCCCGUUUUAGGCAACUAAUAAAAUGUAAUUUGUUGUACCCCUGAAACUGUCAGCUCAAGUACAGAUAAAACGUAACUGUUUACUUGACUUUUUCCUCCAGGUGUCUCCUAUGCACAUGCUUCCAAAAUUAAUAGCUGUAAAUUUCACAUUAAACAUAAAAUCACAUCCAUACUGUUUGUAGCAAACUGUGUGUAGGGAAAUGUAUAGGUUCAGUGUUACUCAUUAAAUUUCAUGUUGUAUUUAUACAACCUAUGCACCUUUAGUUGAUUAUAAAAUGGUUCUUUACAAUUUAAAUAAAAACUCAAAUGAAAGAGGAACGUCUGGGUUUUAAGAAUAUUUGUAUGAUACUUGCAAAAGGCAGUUAAAAUCAAAAGUGUGUAUUUAUUACUUCUGCAGCAAAGCUGAUCUGCCCCCUUUCUUGCCCAGCACUUGUUAAUGUGGGCAGCAUCCAAUCAAAUGCCAUAAUGAGCACAUUUAGGAGCUAUAAAAAUUAUAUGAAAAUAGGUAUUGGUAAAAACCUACAAAAAAUAUAUUGAAUAAUUCAAUAUGGCAUCUUUUGCAGAUUAUAUUAAUAUACAUAUUGUUGCCAAGGGAAACUAAAGAGUAUCAAAGCCCUGUCUUUCUGCUACACUUCCCUCAUGCACCUAGAAGAUGAGGAACUACCCUCACAUAUGAGCCUCUGGUAGGGAUCUAAAUAUAAGAGUCCAACAAAACACUUGGCGGCUGGCAUUGGAAAGGGUCAAAAAAGCCACAUACAGUUUGGCCCGUAGAGAAGCGUUCUGUAAAUUAAAUAUGAGGUGGUACUUGGUACCUACGCGACUAGCACAUAUAUACCCAGGCACAACUUCCAUGUGCUGGAAAUGCCAAGGCCAAGAAGGCACGCUACUCCAUGUAUUCUGGACAUGCCCGAACAUUACAAAAUUUUGGGACACAGAACAGUUUCUCAUAACGGCAGUACAGGUUAGGGUACCGAAAACUCCAGCAUGCGAUCUAUUCCACAUGUUCCCUAAUUCAUCCAGGGAGGACAAGCUACACAUACUUACUCACUGUCUCCUAGCAGCAAAAACCGCAAUAGCACACAGGUGGAAACAACCAGAAAGCCCAACCAUAACAGAGGUUCUAACACGACUUGACAUAACAAGCAAAUAUGAGCAAAUGGCCAGCCGUCUCCGGAGCGAGGAACACAAAUACGCUUGGCGCUGGCAAAAAGGGGUUCAGAUUAGAGACCAAUUCAAAUGAUAGUACACGAUCUAUUUAUCUACCCAACAGGGACCAUAAAGGACCUAUACCAUAGCGAAGCGUUCUGCCAAAAAAAAGGCAUCUACCUCCCCAUGCCUUCCCCAACCCCCAAACCACCACCAACCCUCUAGAGCUUAUGAGAGCUACAAAGGCAGGUAGGGAAACAAGGAGGACAGAUGAUUCCAAGGUGCAAUGGUUGGAGCAGUAGGCCUCAUCGAUUAAACACGAAAAGGUGACCGACCCAGACACAACAUAGGGUUUUACUUGCAUAGCAUUGGAAAUCUGACAACCGAUCACUCAAUUGGCCAAUGAGGAAUACCUUGUUGUAACAGGCUACUACAUGCUAAUAUAAAUCAUCAUUUGUUGUUGUUCAACAAUCCUAGUGCACCUCAUAGCAUAUGUCUAACUCACAAUAUACACCCAACCCAUGUUUUAUAUCCAAUGCACAAUUGUACUGAAUGUAUGACCUGCAAUGUCAAAAUGCCUGAUAUAGCUCUACGAAAUGUGUUUAUCCCCCUCCCCUUUUUAUUUUCUGUACGCCCUUUACUUUGACUUAUAUGAAACUAUUAAUAAAAAUUAAGAUAUUGAAAAAAAAUAUAUACAUAUUGUACUGGAAGAAGCCCCAAAAAUGUGCUUCUCAGAGUUAGAAUUCUUAUUUCUUCACACAGGAGCUUGCUUUGCACUAUCAGGCAAUUAACAGAGCAGUGAUAUGAGCUUCCAAUAGAAACAGCUCCCACUAAAGGGAGAAUUGUGGAGAAUCCAAAAAGAAUUUCAAAGAUUAGACGAACAAACAAAAAAUCAAACACAAAGCAUAUUCACUUAUAAUUCUCUGCAAAGCCCACUUUCAUGAAUAACCCUUUCUGUGUUUUGGCACUGAACUGCAUGUAUGAUGGAGCGCAAAAAACCAUGGGUUUCAUUGAAAGGUCACUCUAAUAUAUGGAAUGUUUAUAUUUUCCAUGCACCUGCUCUAUAUAGCUUUAUUUUCUUGUUUUAGGAACACAGAAGAGAAAUCUAAGAUCUUAAUGAGUUCUCUCCGAGAUGACACUCAGCCUUUCGUUGGCCUGGCUUUUAAACUGGAGGUAAGUUUUAGGUAUCUGUCUUUUUGCCUAUUGCACUAAAUAUCUGCAGUGGUUCUUGCAUGUUUAAUGGGGAGUUAAAGGGAAGGUGAGCUCAGUGCCUACGUGGCUCUGUUUUUAAUCCAUUACAUCGAAAGAAAUAUUGCAAAACCAUGUCCACUAAUUCAUAUACGUAGUUAAAUGUGUCGUAAAGCUAGUAGGAAAGCACUGUGGUACUUUUUCUGGUUUCAGUGGACAUAACUAGAAAAAAAUCCAAAAAUCUGUCACGAGGUUUAGUCAAAGGUCGACUUCUAUGCAUAAUUUUAAUGAACUUGUCUAUAAUGCAUUAUAGAGAUUGGUGUUAAGACUACAAUCUCUUUUCACAAAUAUUUAUUUUUAAUAUUACUCCUAAGCCACUUUUAUUCUUUGAAAAGUAGAGGUUUUGUAAAGUCUACAGUUGUGCACAACCAGAAUGUGCUGAAACCUUUAUUUGCAAAGCUGAAGAUCUCCAUUCUAUACCAGGGUUAGAAGUAGAAAAUUUUAAUUAUAUUCUGGUGAACUCAAAAUGCUACCUUACCAGUGUUUGCUGAAUUUACCUUGUGGUGUAUUGCAGGCUGGUCGUUUUGGUCAACUCACCUAUGUCAGAGUGUACCAGGGAAUGCUGAAAAAAGGUGAAUACAUAUUCAAUACAAGGACAGGCAAGAAAGUGAGGGUACAGCGACUGGUGCGUCUACAUGCAGAUUUGAUGGAGGUACAGCAUUCAUGAUUUAAUCUCACAUUUAAAUGCAAAUUUGGUAAUGGAAACAAACAUUCUCCAAGCAACUACUUUGAUAUUCAAGAUAUCACAGUUUGAGCUGCAAUUGUAGAUACAACCUUAUUAGACUAUUCUACAAGGAAAACAAAAAGAAUUAACCUAGGGCCAAAAUUUAGAUAUCACAAGGUAGAGGGCACAAAAAAAAAGGGGGGUAACCCCUAAAUGGUGAAUAUCAUAGAGAAUAAAGAAAAAAAGAAAAAAAUGCCAUUCUACCUGUGUAUGAUUUACUGAGAAGAUUGUAGGUUAAAAAGUAACUUUUAAUAAAUAAAUCUAAAAUAAAAAUAUAUAAUAUGAACAGCAGGAGUAAAUGGAGACUAUACAGCGAGUAAAACUCUGGGACUACUUAUACAAGCUGUAAAAGUGUAUACAUAAUAACACUAAUGCUAAAGCAAUACUGUUUAGCUACAAUAUAACAGUGUAUUCCCAAGUAAUAGAAGUGUUACUAUAUUAUAUAUCACUAAUAGCUGUAACAAGAGGGGGGGAGAUAAGACAACUGCUAAACCAGUGCUGUCAAUAGUUAAAAGAUAUGGAUAAGUAAAUCCCUACAUGAUAGUACAACUAACGACAUGGGUUAACUCCACAUACAAUAAUUGAUAAUGUUCUAUGGUGCUUAACCUCAGAAAGAUCAAAGAUAAUGGUUUAGCUAAGACAUAAUUCUGACAGACGGCGAUUAGCCAGUUAAAUAUCACAAAAGCUGCCUAGAUCAUAGCAGCAUUUUAGGAUAAUAAAUUAAAGGUUGCUGUCAAGCAGUAAAGUAUAAAAUAAGGGGUUGCUGACCUGGCUCUGUUUUUUCUGCAAGAUACCUAGCAGUAUAUUCUAGUGUAACAGCAGCUGCCUGCACUGAAUUAUGUUAACUUAUGCUUGACCACAGUGGAGCACCAAGUAGUAGCUCACCUGUUAAGGACUGCUGACAGGCAGCAGUUAACCGGUUAAAAAUCACACAAGUUGCCUAAAUGCUAGCUGCAUCUAAAUAAUAGGUCAAAGUAUAAAGAAAAGUUUACAAACAGUUUUUAAACAGGUUGCCUAGGUAGUAGAAAAUAUACCGGUUAAAAGUCACGCAAGUUGCCUAAGUGCUAGCUGCAUCUAAAUAAUAGGUCAAAGUAUAAAAAGAGAUUUUACAAACAGUUUUUUGAACAGAUAAAGAACAGUGAUACCUUUAAGGCAGUGUGUUCAGGAGCUAAUUCACUUAAAAAUGGCUUAUUCGGUAAGAUUAAAUGUGAUAGUUGUAUAAAAAUCUGGAACAAUCGAUAAUUCAAAUAAGAUGUAUGGUGUGUAUACCUUUAAAUAUGCUAAAGGCAGAUUCUGCGUGUUACACACCAACUGAUCUGCUUAUUAAAAAGCCACUAUUUAUUACAGAAUAACAUAAAAAUAGUAAUCUGUUUAAUGUAGUUAUACACACAGUUAUAUAAAAAAUAGUAGUGUGUUAGGCUUAAAAUUGUCUAAUAGCAGACUAAGUAGUGCAAAAGCAGUGCUUCACUUACAGUAGAGAGAUACACAAAAUACUGAAUCUCUAUAUAUUGUAAUAAGAUCGCUUGAAAUGUGAAUUGAUGAACAGUUUUUUGAACAGGUUGCCUAGGUAGUAGAAAAUAUACAGACAGUGACAGAGGAAGGCAUAUAGAAUAAAGGCAUAUAGAAUAAAGAGUCCUGAGUCUUGUGCCUUCGAGGGCACCCCUUACUAAAAUGCCUGGUCUUAUCAAUCUCCCCCCAUAAACAUAAUAAAGGAAAAAGAAAGAGAAAUAAAGUAUGUACAGAGACAUGAAUGAACUUGAUGUCGGUAAUUUAGCAAUAGAUAAGCAGAGAGUUAGGUGCCGACACCAAUAAUGUUUCAGUAAGUGUCCAGAGCCCCUAUUAGACUGUCCAAACCAGCAGUUACCUAGCUAGGAUCUGUCCUAAAUUGGAGCAUUCUGCAUCAUAACAAAUUCAAGUGUGGCAACAAAACAUUAGAGGACCCAGUUCUAAAUUGAUUAAAAUUAUGUGAUGAAACAGACGAACAAGGCACCCCUACUAAAAGACGAGGUAGCUUCUGAAGAGGUCGCUUAGCCUUUAAUACCAUACAACCAAAGCAAGAAAUUAGCGGGAUUGCUUCUAAAAGUGUAGACAUGUCAUUAUAUUAGAAGUUCUUACAUCAAUACAUGCGCAUCAUUUUUGCUAUUACAAUGUUUUCCAUAUGUUCUUGGAAGUAGAUCUAGUGCUUAAUUAGACACACAGGAAUGCUGGAUCCUGUUACACUAAUUAAAAUUGGUGGCAGAUCCAACAGUCCGAGAGGUAGUUUGCUAAUGCCAAGGAUAGCAUUCUAACCACUCAAAUGAGGUGGGCACACACAUUCUACGAGCACCAUAAUAUUUAGUGCUUGUCUAACAUAGACUGCUACUUUAAGCUUCAGUAUAAUGUGUUGCUCUCCAUAGGUAACAUAUGAGUAGCAAGUCUCUUAAAAUUGUUUUGUUUAGCUUUUUUGGCACUAUAGAAUGGAUUCUUUGUUCAAUUAUUCUGAUGGCUUGUCAGUGGUUCCUUUGUUUCCUGCUGCUUUUGUUGCAGCACAUAUCUUCCGUAGUAGAAAGAGAAAUCUGAAUAUGUAUAUUGCAAAAAGUUAAUUGAAACAUAUUUAAUUAUUUGAGUCUUUCCAAAAGGUUGUUUAACAGUGCAUGAAUAUAGAUUAGUUUUACAUAAUCAGGCCACGGAUUUGUAUUGACUUGAAAUUGAUUGUCCAUUACAGUACUUAGUUUUUUUCUUUUCAAUGUGGGUGUUUUCUUAACUAUUCAUAGGAUGUGGAUGAAGUUUACGCAGGUGACAUCUGUGCAUUGUUUGGAAUUGACUGUGCUAGUGGAGACACCUUUGCAAGCAAGUCCAAUGACAACAUUUCCAUGGUGAGAAAGUGGCUAAUACAUACAAAAACUGUACGGAAAAGGAGAGCAUGUCAAUACAAUCACACUUUAGUGAAAAGGGAAUUGUACAUUUUUUUUUAUUUAUCUGUGGGAAAGCAAGUGCAAUUGUGAACUCCCUGAGACCCUCAUUAUUCCAUUUAAUACAGUUAUACAUGUGUGUUUUUCAAACUUCUAAAUGCAUAAAUUGUAACGAUUUUAUAUUUUUUUAAAUGUGACUUUUCCCCACAAAUCCAUCAAUCCUUCACAUAGACCUCUGUAUGCUAGUGGCAUCAAUACAUGCAAUGUCUAAACUGUGUAUUGAAUGACAGAGAGAUCAGGAAACCAUACUACAGACUGUUAUCAUGCUCCUUGCUACCCAUCCAGGGGGAGUAUAGGACACUCUAAUUUGUUGGCAGUGAAGUUAACAUCACUUUGAGGAUUUUUGUGAUUGGGGAAGUAUCCCCAAAAAGGGUCAGUUGUAACAGAGAAUGGCAGGAAUUAGAUGAUAGAAGGACAUUUUAGUGCAAAUAUAGCAUGCAUCUUUUUGAUAAAUAAUUUAUAUACAGCCUUAGGAGAUAUUACAAUUGAAUCCAGUAUGACAGGAUCAUUUUAAAGAGGACAAACAAGUGAAGUUAGUACAUUUUUUGCACUAAUCUCCCAGUGCAUUUCAUAAUUAAACAUUACAUUUAUUUUGGUAUUUUAGAAAAAAACAUGUUUUAGGAAGAAUGCAUAACACAGUUGAUUGUUGGUAUAGUGAAAAUGCUAGGCAGGAGAAACAGCUGAAUCACUGCUCCUUGUAUGAUCAGCAACCUGAACAUGCUGUUGUUUGUGUUCUAGCUGUUAUAAUUUUUAAAGGAACAUUAUAGCAUUAGGAAUACAAACCUGUUUGUACACCUUUUAGGUGAGUAUUACCUACUUUAGAGCCUGCGCUGGACUCGAAAACUGCACUCCACCUCUUUGGCUGAGAUCAUCAGUGUCGAUGAUCUCAGCCAAUCCAGUGUUUCCCCAUAGAGAGGCUAUUGCAUAUGCCUCUCUAUGGGGUGGGGUGAAAUCUUCAGGGUGUGGGAUGGGGGCGGAAGGUAGAAGGGCACUCUAGCAUUCUACAGUGCCAGGAAAACUGGUUUGUUUUCCUGGUACUAGAGAAUCCCUUUAAAUUGUCUCUAUCAGAAAGACCGCCACUAGAGGUAUGGUAAUUCUCCAAUGUAAAAAAAAUUUCAGUUGCAGGUUUAAACAGACACUGACAUGACAUGCAGAUGAAGUGGUCUGGCAGCCUAUAAUCUCUCUUUAAUUGCAUUACUACAAACAAUAGUGUCAGAAUGCUUGUUGUCUCCCUGAAUAGAAUAUAAAUGAAACAAUUAAGAUUCUAUGUUACAUAAUGACAUUUGCUCAUGUUAUCGUGCGGAGUAGUAACAGUUUUGCCAAAGCCUACAUUCAGCUGAACAUCUUGGUUUAACUGCAUUGAUUACAGUGUUUGAUAAUUAAAUGGUAUAAACCUGAAGGCUGUGCAAAAUACUCCAAGUAGUAGAUACCUGGAAGAGCAUUUUUCAUUGGAAGUUGUAAAGGUUAACCAAAAUGCUUGGGACAUACAAAAAGCAUGUUGAAGAACAAAUCCAAUAAAGUCUGCAAAUGUAAAACUAACAGUGUUAUUUACUAAAGUGAGAAUUCAAGGAGAAUUUUGACAGGGAAACCAAACUGAAAGCACAUCUGACUUAGAGAAAGUUUCUAAUUUGGCUAUUUUAUCCUUAAAUAUGAAAUUCACGUUGAAUUAUCACUGUGGUGAAUAACUGUACUUUUUUUAAAAUUUUUUUAUUCCAGGAAUCCAUUCAUGUUCCUGAUCCAGUCAUUUCAGUAGCUAUGAAACCAUCCAACAAGGCAAGUAAUAUCCAUGUUCUCGCAAUUGGUUUGCCUAACAUUUGGAAUUCUGGUGCACCUAACAAUUGAACCUAAUGAUUUGCCUGAAAAGCAUUGUAUCCCCCUCACCUCAUCUUUACUACUUUUAGAAUGACAUGGACAAAUUCUCAAAAGGCAUCAGCCGGUUCACAAGAGAGGACCCAACAUUCAGAGUGCAUUAUGAGGUGGAAAGUAAAGAAACCAUAGUUUCUGGGAUGGGAGAGUUACAUCUGGAGAUCUAUGCUCAGGUAAGGAAUGGAAGAAGUGAAAAACUUGUAAACGCUUUAUGGUUGAAUUAAGACAAGAGAAACACCUUAUGAUUGUAUGGUUGGGGUCGGUGGAGGCUUCUCCACAGGGGCACUUGGGACAGCGCCACACCAGUUUUUAUGUGGAGAAAAAAAAGUCUUAGCAGUAAUUUGGAAACACUAAGAUUCUCUUUUUUUCUUCUGGUGGGGAGUAAGGAAUCUGCAUAGAAAUGCUAUGGAAUUGCGUGUACACACAUGCAACAAAGGAGGAGAUAUCAGGCUUUAUUUUAGCCGGCCCAGCAUUGUGAUUGUAUUUUUUUUGUAAGAGAAUAAAAGCACAACAAAUAGUAUUUUGUGCUAAAAUCUCUGUAGUGAAAAAUCUGAUUUAAGUGUGUCAUAUCACAUGUGGUUAAUCAUACAUGAUUAUGGGACAUAUUCAGAUGGCAGCUGAUCACUUUCAUUUUUUUAUUCAUAUAUUUGACUCUGUACUUUGCACAUACAGUGUACCUUGAAUUAUGAGGUUUUCUUUUAAAUGAUGUAUAAAUAUAGAAGAUAGGCCAAUGCUUUGAUUUUGUACAUCGGGAGUCCAAAGUCCAUUUCUUGAAACAAUAUUAGAAAUCAUCAGUUUGUGAAUGGUGCGGUAAUUUGAGACCUAAAUAAACACUGAUGGCAGUGUCUUAUUUCAGUGAUAUUUAUUUAAACAGUAUCCAGUUUAAUAAAUUUUUUUAACUUUCUUUCAGAGGAUGGAGAGGGAAUACGGAUGUCCCUGUGUCAUGGGAAAACCUAAAGUUGCGUUUAGAGAGACAAUCGCCAAACCAGUACAGUAAGUAACUCUUCAUUCUGGAAUGCUUGCUGUUCUUUUUCAUUGACUCCAUUCUGAAACAUGUCACUGGUUUGAUUUUGGCAGGAUAACUUCUUUUUCUAUUUUUAAUCCUUGCGUGGGGUCCCAUAAAAUAUUUAUUUCCCAGGUAAUAAUUUCCUGUAAUAUGGAGAAAAUGUAUUUGUUACAUGACAAAAUUAUGUCUCUGUGGCUUCUCUGAAAACUAAGCAUUCAUUUCAGUACAGUCAGAGAAACCCAUCUGCAGCAGUCAAGAUACACUGAUCAGCCAGAACAUUAAAUUCAUUGACAGGUGAAGUGAAUUACAUUGAUUAUAUUGUUACAAUAGCAGCUGUCCAGGGGUGGGAUAUAUCAGGCAGCAAAUUAACACUCAGUUCUUGAAUUUCAUGUGUUGAAAGGAGGAAAAAUGGGAAAGUGAAAAGAUCUGAGUGACUUUGACAAGAGCCAAAUAGUGUUGACUAGAUGACUGGGUCAGGGCAUCUCCAGUACGGCAAGUCUGUUUGCAGUGGUUAGAACCUACCAAAAUUGGUGCAAGGAAGGACUACAGGUGAAGCAGCGUCAGGGUAAUGAACACCCGAAGGCUCAAUGUUGCAUGUGGGCAGCAAAGGCUAGCAUGUCUGAUCACACAGACAAGCUAGUGUAGCUCAAAUUGCUAAAACACUGAAUGCUGGCAAACUGCGAUGCACUAUGUCAGAAAACACAGUGCAUUGCAGUUUGCUGUGUAUGGGACUGCGUAACCGCAGACCAGUCAGAGUGCCAAUGCACCUUCAAAGGGGAUGUGAGUGUCCGAACUGGAGCAUUGGGGCAGUAGAAGAAGGUUGCCGGGUCUGAUGAAUCAUGUUUUCUUUUGGAUUAGGUGUAUGUGCAUAGUUUACCUGGGAAACACAUGGCAGCAGAAUGCACUAUGUGAAGAAGGCAUUUUAUAUCCGGUUGCUGGCAGAGGCAGUGUUAUGCUCUGGGCUACGUUCUGCUGGGAAACCUUGGGUCCUGGCGUUCACGUGGGUGUUAUUUUGACACAUACCAGCUACCUAGAGAUUGUUGCAGACCAUGUAUAACCCUUCAUGGCUUUGUGUUCUCUAAAGACAGUGACCUCUUUCAGCAGGAUAAUGUACCCUGCCACAGUGCAAAAAAUGUUCAGGAAUUGUUUGAGGAACAUGAUCAAGAUUUCAAGGUGUUGCCUUGACCUUCAAAUAUCCCAAAUCUCAAUCAGAUUGAGCAUCUGUGGGAUGUGCUGAAACAGCAAAUUUUAUUCAUGGAGGCCCCACCCUUAAAGGAUCUGCUGCUAAUAUCUUGGUUCCAGGUCCACAGGACACAUUCAGAGGUCUUGUGGAGUCCAUACCUCGAGGCAUCAAAACUGUUUUGGCAGCACGAGAGGGACCUACACGAUAUUUGACAGGUGCUUUUAAUGUUGUGGCUUAUCAGUGUAGGUGGGAAGUUUAUGUAUCUGUUAUAUUGACUACAAGCAAUAAAACCACUAUGUAAUAUGAUAAACCAUAUGAAAUGCACUGAGAAGAGGGGGGGGGAAUUGUACAUUAUGGUAAUUAAACUGCUUGCAAAUGGAUAGGCUGUAAUACCUGUAAAAUUUAUAUAAAAGAACAUGAAUCGCUGUAUCUGCUUGUGCCUAAAUGGUGUGCAUUGUGGGAUGCUGUACAUGUAAGUAGUGUAGCAUGGGGAUUCAUCCACUCAUAUCUAUUGGUGGCCAUCGUGAAGCCAGCUUAAAUUCCCCAUCAGAAUGUGUAAGUUAACGUGAACUAUCAUACAGGUAGGUUUAUAGAUUUGAAACAUCCUUUGUUGUGUAUUAAGUAUUACUAUCAUUCAAGGGCUGCCAAAGCCCUUUAGCUUUUUUUAAAUGACCUUAUGGCACAGAUCAUCAAACAAAGAUCACAUUUAUAUUUACCUGUGUAACCAUUUCAUGGAUUUGCAUUAUAUAGUGAAAUUCCAGAUUGUUGUCUUCUCUUUUCUAAAUAAUACAAACAAUAAUGUUAAAACCUAUACAAAAUAUAGUUUUAUUUUUUAUUUUUUUUUAACCAUUAAAACAAGCAAAUUACUGAAGCUUGGUGUCUGAGGAAGCCUGAGCCAUGGCUGCAUUCAUGCUCAGUCUGUGGCUGAAACAAAAGUUAUGAAUAGCCCCAUUCACAAGACUGCAAAUGAGACAGUCCACAAAUUCAUAGCACAAAACAACUGGGAGGACCAGCACUCCACUGAUUAAAGUUUGUGUGCAAAACUCCAAGGUCUCCUUCCAGUUACCUCAUACACCGUAGAAAAAUAAUAAAGUAGUCGCAACACCAAAAGUAAAUAUCAAAGAGAUUUAUUCCACCGAAGCUGGCAACGUUUUGACCAAACCUAACCUCAGGGUCUUUGUCAAGCCUAGGUUCCAAACUACAAUGUACAGCUUAAAUAUACAAAAUGAAUAUGCCAACAUAUUUCUUUUGUAUAUGCUGUUAUUUUUCUUGUGUUUUUUUAUUUUAUUUGGUAUGGCAAGGGUUAUGUUUUUUCAGUUCAACGUAUGCUCCCCCCAUAGAGUGUUACUUGUAAUCUGAUGGGUAUUUAAGCUGUACAACCUAGGCUUGACAAAGACCCACAUAGGUGAAAAACAUCUUUGAUCUUUACUUUAUAAAUUCAUAGUGUCCAUGGCAUGUGUACAUUGACAGUUUUGAUACAACUGCAUGGAAAUAAACAGAAGAAACAAGAUCCAGAAGAAUACAGUAAACUUUUUCUAUCCUUUUCACAUUUUCCAUCAUUUAAUACAGUGUGGUGAUUUGAAUGGAGACUUGCGAGAUUUAGGUAAAAAUUUGUAACUAAACCUUCAGUUUCACUAUUUUGACUUACAAUUACACUUGUUAGCCCGCUGUAUCUCAUGGGUUUUUUUUUUUGCAGUAAGCCCCUUACUCUUAGGGAAGGAAUUCACAAAAAAUAAAUACAGGCUUAGCUCUUUUAGUCAAUGGUAGUGUUAUCAGACAGCAGUCUUUUUAAAUGUGCUUGCUGUCUCUUUAAUAAUUUUAAUAUAAACAGCAAAAUACAGACACGUUGAUUUCUCAAUUAUCGUAUUUCCUGAGAGGUAGCAUGUUGGUGUUGCAAGUUCUAAGUCAGAUAUUAAUUUUGUAAAAAGUCCGUCAUAGUUUAGAAAUUGCAGUCUGUAUUUGUCCACGUAACUCGUAGUAAAUGUGGAAAAUCUUUUACUGUAGAAACCUAACACUUUCUGGGCUAUAUUGUGGAGACAAAUUGGAGUAUGGCUUUAUUUUUUGUUACAUUAGGUGUGUUUAAAUUACCUUGCUCCUUUGAAAACAUUCUAAUGAUAAUAAUCCUAUCCUAGCAGAGUUUAGCACCAUAGGGCACUUUGGACAUACCAGCUGUUUCACGCUUUUAAUUAUGGACAUCCUGUAGUAGGUGUCUUCUGUGGAGUGUUGCCAUUUCACGUGACCACAAGCAACCAAUGCCAAGUGCAGGACAGGCUCCAUCUCCGGCGACACAUUGCCAAAUUUAUCUAGGAUGAAAUAUUCAGAACAUAAAAAUACUCAGAAUGAGGAGGAGUGUUGGGACAUUGUUUGACAAUGCAAGUUACACCCAGCUAUUCUUGUUAAUUACCUGGAAUAUCUUGUGCAUCCAGCGGUUGAGAAAUGUUCUUCAUUUUUUUGUAAAAUGCAAUAUCCUUGUCUUGCACAUAGUUUCCAAUCUCUCUUUCUAAUGUGAAGGACACGUUGGGAGCUUUGUUCUGCUCACGCAGAUAGUACAGAACCUCCGCAGUGCAUUUUAUAUCCGGUUGCUAAGGUGACAUUGAGUGACAGGAGAAAUAAUGCUUGAAAUCUGUAUUAGAAUGUACAUUCCUACUUCACAGACAGAUCACACAACUAAAACUAUUUGCUGUGGAAAUUGUUAUAGAUCAUACAUAUAGAUGUACUAUCUUUUCAAUGUCCACAAGAACGUUACUUUAUUACUACCUUAAAACACGUUUUUUAAGGUUUUUUUUAUUGAAUGGGAUGAUAGGAUAUUUUUUAUCUUCCUACAUUGGUCUAACGACCAGAUAUCUGAGCUUUAAUGAUAUCUCUCCAAAGUAAGAAAAUUAUUCAAUCCUUAUAUUGGCAAAGUAACUUACUUGAAUACAUCUGUUUUCUGCUUUUGAUCCAAAGAAGUCUGCAACAUAUUUUUGCCCACUGGCAUGUGAGUUAUAGCUCCACAUCAAGUGCACUCUAAGCACCAGGACCACUACAGCUUUAAUGCAGUAGUUCUCGUGCAAAGAGACUGUCCCUGCAGUCUAUCCAUUGCUAACACUGUUUUUUUCACUGUGAUAGCUGCAGGGAGAUGGCAGGCGAUAGUCUUUCUGAUUGUGCUCAAAGUCCUGGGGAAUUAAUAGCUUGGUUUGGCCAAGAAUAACCUUAAUACAACGGUCGCAUAUCUAAAUACAAAAUGUAGCACUAGCAAGUGAUUGAACAAUUAGAAGAGAUAAACAGCUAUGACAUAUGGCAUUAUAUUGAGCAUUCCAAACUGAUUCCACCUACACGGGCAGUCCUUAUAUGAAAUGCUAUGCGCAUAUCCUCCGUGUAAGAGACAACAAUCUUAUAUACGGUAGUUUUCUCGUAGGUCUUGUCAGUAACUGCAGCUUACUAGCAAGACCUAGACCAGGGAUAGGUAACCUUCAGCACUCCAGAUAUUGUGCACUACAUCUCCCCUGAUGCUUUGCUAGCAUUAUGGCUGCAAAGGUAUUAUGGGAAGUGUAGUCCACAUCCAUCUGUAGUGUGCAAUGUUGCCUACCCCUGGCUAAGACACAGUGAGCAAAGGGGUCUGCUUCAGGAUUGCCUUGCAUCCUUUGGUAAAGUCCAUAAGAAUGUGCAAUUAAACACAUAGUUAUAUAGAAGACACAAUAAAAUGCUUACUACUUAAGGUCAACCAUCCUAAGUGUAACAUACAAUAGUGAUAAAACACUUACCUCAUUUAAGAAAUCUGCCACGACAAAUGAGAGGUAAUAUUUGUUUCCAACACCUGGAAUACUCUGCAAUACAGAAGCGUGUACAUCAUUUACAACAUGUUUAACCCCUUAAGGACCGAACUUCUGGAAUAAAAGGGAAUCAUGACAUGUCACACUUGUCAUGUGUCCUUAAGGGGUUAAAAACUGCAGUGGUAGUGUGUUUUAACCUAUCUUUACAGUCUAGAUACAUUGCUAGCAAAUGCAAAGAUUAACUUGUAUAGAAUGUAAAAUUGAUAACGCUUGUAUCUCUAUCACUGUGGCCAGUGUGCACACUCCCUCACUAGCCAUUGCUGGAUUAAGCAAUCUCCAUUCUGGCAACGUACAAGCACACACUUGCAGAAGCCUACAGCAAUGGACCGCAUCCAAACCAUUCCAACUCCCCUUUAUUUUCUGGUAAUUUUGUGAGUACAAUGUAUUAAUUAACUUGAAGUUUUUUUUAUUAACAUGUUUUUAGAUGAGACGUAAAAAAAAAAUAAAAAAAAAAAAAAUAGUCUGAUAAUAGGAAUCCUAAGCAAAAAGAAGUGCAAACCAACAACUUUUCAAGGCAAUAAUAUAGAAAUAUCCAUCCCCCAACAUUAUUACAUUUCCCAACGCUAAAUAUAAUCAUGAAUUUCCCAUAUCUCACCUCAUUUCAUUCUCAGGCCUUUACAUUUUUAGUGUCCCUUCAUAUCAGGGUUAUUCACUAAAGAAUUAUUAAAAGUGAAUUUCAAAUGUUAGGACGAAAUGGCUAAAUUGGAAGAAGAAAAAAAUCACCACAUUUUGGCUGUUUGACCUUUAGUAAAUAACCCAGAUUCAUCUUUGUUUGCAGGAUAUAACCUUUUUGUUUUGAGUUCACCUUAGGGCAGUGGCUUUGUGUGGAAAGAUUACCUUAAUGACAGCAAGGCGUGUGGCACAAAAUCGUUUAACCCUUUCAUGGUUAUAUACAUAACUAAUCUUGGGGUUUUGUUUUGUGCAAACUCAACUAGAAUGGAAAAACUGACCCAAAAUGAGCCGAUCUGGAAAAAAUUCUCAAACUUAGCCACUACUUUGAAUCGAACUGGCAAAGCAGAUGCAGAUGCAAUUUGUGAAAGCCCCCAUUUGAGUGCUCCCAGGGAUGUAUAGGGUUAAAGAGAUCCAUGUGCUGUAUCCCACACUUACCUCCUUGAUGGCCUCUGUCACCUGCUUCACUUGAAACAGCCUGUGUGGGCUCCCCAGCUUGUAGUUUAUGUAGUUUUCUGCCACACCAGCUGCUCGUGAAGCAGGGUAGUAAGACGGAUUGAUGGUUUCCAUUGUGGUUGGUAAUUUAGACCUCUGACAUGACACAAAGUAAAUGUGUGUUGUGCCCUUAUUGAUUGUGUUCUGCCCUUCCCUGCAAUCAUUGAGUUUACAUGUAGAGCUGCUGGGAGGAGCUAUAGCUCAGAAUCAGGAAGCAAUCAGGAGUCGGCCUGUGUGCAAAGCCCUGAGGUCACAGGGAAGAACUGCAGUAGAGCUGUCUGCUGUGCUAAGGAGUGAACUUAGAACCAGAGAACAUCCUUGUAUAAACACUGGAAUCAUUAUCUUGUAAAUUUCCAGUGUUGCCGUUUACGGAGUUAUUCAGUGCUUUUUUUACAAGUAGCAAUUCAAUUUUUUAUUUUUUUUUAAUUUUUAUUGGCAAUUCAUAUUUUGUAGCAGUCAUAUGAUAAUAUCAAUCAUUAUUGAGACAUAUUUACUUCAUCUCUGAUGUAUCAAUGUGAGCUUCUAUUUUUAUUCCAAAGCUAGUAAGUGCCUCAAGUACCUCUCUUAACCCCUUCAUGACGGAGUCAAUAGUGCACGUUCUGAUCAAAACAAAAACUGGUAUUUGCGCUAUAUGUCUGUUCAGCCGUAAUUCUCCUCUUUCAUAUUAAGUGCACCCACACUUAUUAUAUAUCAUUUUGUUCUGGAGAAACAGGGCUUUAAUUUCUCAUGAGUUAUUCAUAUAUGAAAAAUAAUGUAUUAUGAAUAAAAUAAAAACUGUGAGAAAUUAAGAUUUUUUAAAUAAUUUGUAGUUCCGCCUGUACAUAUCAUAAUACUGUUAGCUUUUACUGCAAUAAAAUGCACAUAUUUGUAUUCAGCAAUGUCUCAUGAGUAAAACAGUACCCCAUAUUAACAGGUGUUACGGUGUUUUGGAAAGUUACAGGGUAAAAUAUAGCAUGUUUCAUUUUUCAGUUUUUUUCACAUUGAAAUUUGCCAGAUUAAUAAUGUUACCUUUGAGCCCAUAUGGUAGCCUAGGAAUGAGAAUUACCCCCAUGAUGGCAUACCAUUUGCAAAAGUAGACAACCCAAGGUAUUGCAAGUGGGGUAUAUCCAGUCUUUUUUAGUAGUCACAAACACUGACCAAAGUUAGCGUUCAUAUUUGUUUUUGUGUGAAAAAAGCAAUAAACAAAUAUUUGGCCAGUGUUUAUAACACUAAUCCCGAGUAAAACAGUAUGCCCCAUGUACAGGUUUUAUGGUGUCUUGGAAAGUUACAGGGUUAAAUAUAGUGCUUGCGAAUUAAAUUCUCUGCACUUUGUGCCUGGGAUGUCAGGCACGUCAAUCUCAUUUUAAUUAAUAAAAUCACAUAAUUAUGCGGUUAUUUGUAUUUAAUAUAUAGAUUGUCAUUCUAAGUGUAUUUUGUUACAUAUAUAUAUAUAAUAAAUAACAAAAUACAGUUAGAAUGAAAUUACAUAUGUAUAUAUAAUUUUUCACUAAAUACACUGAAAAUCACGUGUUUUAUUUAGUUGCGGGAAACUUUUUCAUGAAACACUCCAUUUUUCUUUUAAAAUUCUAUUUAAAAAAUGUAGCAAAUGGGCUUGACUGCCAUGCUGAACAGUCCCAUUCUGCGCAAGCUCCCUAAAAUAUUAAGUCAAACACCAACAAUCAAGAUACCUAGCUUACUGAUCCGAGCUGUGCUGAUGCCUGGAGGUGUCUGGGUGUCGCAUAGCACUCUGGUGAAGCAUAUAGCAGCUUGUAGCAGCGGUGCUCCGACCGACUCCAUUUGCGGCCUAGUGUGGGACCAGCUGGGAGUUGCGGCCGACCUACUUGGCAGGACCCUGCAGGCUGCUUUGAAAGCCUUGUUUCCUCCCCCCCCUUUGGACCGGUGGGGGUCAUCACGGUACCCACCACAAAAGCCCCUGAUACUUACAAUCGACAUGGGUGCUUUCGCAUCCUGAAGCGGAGCAGCGUGCUGAGUUUCUCUAGAUGGCGGUGACCAGCACACCUCUAGAGACCUUACUGAAGGACACUGUGCAGAGCUUGAGGGAGACCUUCCUUGAUGCCUGGAAAACCAUCUGCUCUCAGUUCUGGCGGUGACUAUGGAGAGUUAAGCUCCCGGAUAUAGAAAGACCAGUCCCUAACUGUGUGGGUCAGAAACUCAGGAGGCACCUCAGGCGGGACUCUCCUGGGCUCAUGGCUUAUUUAUCAAACAUAUACAGCAGUCUGCAUUCCUUUGUCCUCCUAGCGCCUCCACACCAGCAGAUAUCUGUUCUUUUAUUUUAUUUUUACUUAACAUAACAGCCUGCAGCAUGUGUCAGGGGCUAUGAUCCAGUGUCAGCUUAAACAUAAUGUGGUGGUGGUCAGUCUAAUCAUCCGACUUCAUUGAGUUAUAGCAGGGAAUCCCUUAACUCCUCACUUACCAACUAAUUCAUUCUACGACCGGGUGGUAGGAACGGAACCUGGUCAGUAAGUGCGGGAUGUCUGUAUAUAUUUCUUCUGUAACGUGAAGGGUAAUGCUCCUUUAAAACUACCCAAUCCCUUCCCCGAAAUAUUCACCAUUUUAUUUACUAUGUCUCUUGUUAAAGCAUUGAUACUGCCUUACUCUAAGCUUGUGGUGUUGUGAUGUUUUCAAUUUGAAUCUCUAACUCAGUGUUUAAAAUAUACAGACUAUGAACAGCCACUGUAUGUUGUCUAUUCUAGGUUUGAGUUUACCCACAAAAAGCAGUCUGGGGGAUCGGGUCAGUAUGGUAAAGUCAUUGGUUUUGUUGAGCCUCUUGAGCCUGAGGAGUACACUAAACUUGAAUUUGAAGAUCGAACAGUUGGAACAAAUGUUCCCAAGCAGUUUGUCCCUGCGGUUGAAAAGGUAAGUUCUGCAUGAACCGUAUUAUAAGCAUUUUUUGUUCUGUAGCCCUUUUACUCUGGAAUGAUGUGCAAGCUAUAGCACCACCUAAUGGCUAUAUCGUGUGUCUCACUUCACAUCCCCUUUUGUUAGGCACCAUCACAAUCUUCAGAUUGUUGUAAGAUUCAAGCAAUAGCUGAAUAUACAGACUUCACUGUACUUUUUGGAAAAUAAAAUGAGCUUUUACUUCUCCAGCCUUUUCAGAUUAAUUUAUGAACCUGCACUCUGAACGUUUUUUGUUUUCUGAUUGUUGCUAAUGAUUGUAAAAGACCAGAACAUUUUUUUAUGAUUGGAGCAUUUUUUUCACUUUUUUUUUCAUUUCCCUUUCCAAUAUGUAAUUAUGACUGAACUUUCUCAAUACUGUGCUAUUCAUAUUUAAUGUUACACCAUGUUAGAAGCUAAAUGUAUGGGUUUUUUUUUGUUCCCGUAAACAGGGCUCAGAAUUUCCAUUUGCCUUUUGUCAAGUGACUAUUUAGCCCUGAGUAAUGGAAAUUUACCCCUGGCGAGUGUGCCAUGGAACCUCAAGCCUUGCAGUGGCAAGUAACCUUUAAGGGCUGGCUAGUAGCCUAGGACUUUUUUUUUGUUGUUGAAAUUUGUAAGCCCUGCCAUUAAUAUUUAAAAAAUAAUAAUAAAUUCCUAGCGUAUAGUGGCAGUACAGAUAGGAUGUAUUUCCUUAUGCUGGACAAGUAUUUUCUUGUUAUGACUGCUGAGGUUGUCUGCGGAAUAGUGACAUUUAAAGUGUGAGUGGGAGGGGUUGAUUUAUUAUUUUAAGUUUUUUUACAAGGCUACUUGUCCAGCAUUACAAAGUACCUGGGUGCUGCCACUAUAUUAAGGAAACAAGAAGAUUUGCACUAAGUAAAAUUAUUAUUAAUUUAUUUUAUUUUUAAACGUGCAUUCUAGGCAUCCACAUGUAUUGGGUUGCUGUUCACAAUGCGGGAUGUUCUUAUUUCCCCUUAUUAUUAUUAUUGAUGAAAGGUCACUGCAUAAGUUGCACAUCCUUUACUGCAUUAAAAUAGAGGCACUGUCAACUUUUUUUCCUCCUCCUUUUCUUCUUGUUUCAUUUAUUCUGCAGAUGUUUCUCAUGUACAUUUCCUGAAUGUAGAUGCACAGGCCGGGGCAUCUUGUAUACUCUUUAACUGCUGCCAUGUUUAAUACAGGGUUUCCGGGAUGCCUGUGAGAGAGGCCCCCUUACUGGACACAAGAUUUCAGGAUUACGUUUUGUUUUGGAGGAUGGUGCGCAUCACAUGGUGGAUUCCAACGAAAUCUCUUUCAUCAGAGCUGGCGAAGGAGCUUUGAAACAAGGUACAGACCUAAGAUGGUCAAUUAUGUUAAAAACCAAAUAGCGAAAUCCAGGAUAAAAUAAUAAUGAAAUUUAAAAACAAGGUUUGACUUUAUCUUAGAUGGAGAUUUUCUUUCAGACCAUCUGUUUUGGCAUUUAUUAUUACAUUCACUAUCAAGUGAUUAGACCUUUUAGUUUCUGCAAUAAUUAUGUCUAAUUUCUCUGCAAAGCACAGUGUAAUGCAGUGGAUUAUGGCAUUCUGUACUUCUAUUUUGAGCAAACUAACUCUCUUCUCUUUGAUAUAGACAAAAAUAAAAUGCAUUUGUUUUAAUAUUUUUUUUUGUAUUUUUAGGUGAGAUUUAUUUUUUUGUGCAUACCUUCCUGUACGAAUAUACUGUACAACACUUUCACAGGGUUAUUCACUAAAGAGAGAGUUCAAAGAGAAUUUCAAAUUUAAGGUUUGAAUAAUAUUGGAAAAAUUCUCUAACUUGGCCAUCCUUCCAUUUCAGCUACUUUGCCUUACAUUUUAAAUUCACUUUGAAUUCUCACUCUAGUAAAUAACCUGGUCAAGUGUUAAGUCACCUAAAGAUUGUGGAAGAUUUAUGAUGGAAUUGCAAUAAAAAAAAAAAAAACUAUUUUAAUAUUACUAAAUCUGUGGUCUGUUUUCACAAUUCCGAGAUUAUUGAAUAGCUACCUUAUUUUUAUUGUCAUGAAACCAAACAAUAUACCACAUUGUUUUUGCUCUGUAGCAGCACAUAUUUUUUGACACUCUGUUUUUAUUAUCAUUUUUUCUCAUAUCAAAGUUUGGUUUGAGUACAAUCGUAUAACAUGAAUGAAAAAGCAGUUUAUACAUUUACACAACCUAGUUCAGAGUAGCAUAUACAAGGUUAUGGUAGACAAACAUUGACACAUUUUAUGCAGCCCGUAGAGUAUACUGAGCGACUAGGUUAUAAAACCUGUUACUUAACAUGAGAUUCAUAUUCGGGUUACCAGUAGGUAAAAUAUCAGGCCAUCAGUUAGUGUACACCUAACCGUGGGGGGGGGGAGGGAGAAACCCUGAGUAAGAGCCAAACAUCCACUAUGUGGGUCAAAGUAACAGAGCUCCGGUGGUUAAUGUUGGGUCAGAUUGCUAGUAUUCCGGCUGGGCCUCUGCGGCUGCAUGACUGUCAGGCCGGCGCCAUUUAGGGCUGGGCUACCAUUGAAGUAGGGCCCCGAAAUCCCUCGAUCCUGAUGGCAAUUCAAGUGUGGGACGCUAGUUCUUCCUUCCCAUAUCAGACUGGGGCGCUGGCCGAGAUGUGCUGGUGCAGUCCCUGAGACUGGGUCUCCUGCAGGAAUCAAACAGUUGAGCACGAUUAACAAAUCGAGGCCUAGACGUGGAUGUUAUUCCCCAGAUCUGCGUUUCUGCCGCUUUGACUUAGGAGUGUGUAGAAACAGCAUAUGUCGUUGCUGUCUGGUUCUUGGGUGAGAGUCGAGCGUUUAGCUCCAGGAUGCUCAAUGUAGCCCCCCAAAAAACGAGCUUUAGAGGGAGAUUAGUACAGAGUGAUGUGAAUUAGCGUCCGCUCCCUGUCGAGGUCAGGCUCCGCCCCUCUUAGCAGCACAUAUUAACACUUUGCUUGUUCACUUUCAUGUUCAGAUUGUAAAAUUUGAUGAGGGUUUUUUAUUUGUUUACAAGCCCCUGCUAACAUUUAACUUUUGAAAACAACACGUCGUGAAAAGUAGCAACAUUUUUAAUCAGGAAUAAAUGCAGCACUGUUCCAAAACAGUUAUGUAACCUACACAGUAUAUAUCAUACUGAGACUUUGAAUGCUCUUAGAAAAGAGAAUUUUAUGUAGAAAGCACUACAUUUCAUGGACUUGUAAAUUAAUCUUUGAUACACCAUCAUAAUUUACCUGAACUGGAGAGGUAGCCAUCUGUUACGUGGCAGAUAUUUUGCAAACACAAAUUGAAUUGUAUGGUUCAGUCCCAGACAUCUGUCAAGUAUGACUUCAUUAACUAUUUUAUCUGUGUGUAUGUGUGUUUUUAUAUAUGUGUGUGUUUUUAUAUAUGCCACAAAUGUUAUAGUUGCCAAGAAACUCCCUCCCUUACCCCAAAAGUAAACAUUUUUUUUUUAAUUGAUAACAAUGUCUGAAACGAACAUGUACUUUCUUCCCCAGCCAUGGAGGGGUCCACUAUUACGAUCUUAGAGCCAAUAAUGUCGGUGGAGAUCGUAGCCCCUAUUGAAUUCCAAGGACCUGUAUUUGCUGGUAUCAACCGUAGGCAUGGAGUGAUUGUAGGUCAAGAUGGAUCAGAAGGAUAUUUCACUCUCUAUGCAGAUGUAAGUUGACAUGCAUGUCGAUCAAUUUAAUUAAACCAUCUAGUGUAACUUUUAUUUCACAAACAUUUUCAUCUUGGCUGAACUAUGUAUAGCAUGCUCCUAGUUUCUUUUAAUAUUUGUGGAAAUAUAGAUUGCAGCAAAUUUGUUCUAACUAUAUUUAGUUUGUGUAACCUUUUGUUUUGUUGUGCUAUAUGAGUGGAAUGAUUUUCUCUUUUUCCACCCCUCAGGUUCCUUUAAAUGAUAUGUUUGGCUAUGCAUCAGAGCUUCGGUCAUGUACAGAGGUAAGCAGAUUUGUGUUUUAUUUAAAAAAAAAAAAAGUGUUAACAUUUCAUAAAUUAUUCACCUGAUUUAUUUUAUUUUUCUAUGGAAAGAGUUCCAACAUAGUAGUUUGACAUGGGAUAAAAAGUUCUGGUACACCUAUUGUGUGCACAGAGGAGAGGGCGUUCAACUGGCACUAAGUCGCUCAGACUGGAAAUAAUAGGGAUUCACAAAAACCUAUAACUAAUAACGAGAAGAGCACUCUAGGGGAUAGUGCAUGGAUACCAGGAGCUGACUUGUGAAAAUAACUUAAAAUCUGAUAAAGUGACUAAUAUAUAAAAUGAGUAAUAUGCAAAAAUGUGUAAAAAAAGAAUGUGUAAAAUGUUGGGUACUGUGCCUUUAAGAGCUGCAAAACAAAACAGAAGUGAAGGUAUAAAUGCUAGGUGACAUAUAAAUGCAGUGAAUAUGUGCCAAACUAAAAACUAAAAGACGUGCCCAUAAAAAUGUAUGGAGACAGUAUGUGUCAAAAAGAUGAAGGAAAAAUCUAUCUAUCUAUCUAUCUAUAUAUAUAUAUAUAUAUAUAUAUAUAUAUAUGUGUGUGUGCACGGUGAAUAGCACUUCCACUGGAUGAUGAACUAGAUAUAAAUAAAAGUAACAGUGUUGCAAAGAAUAAUAGCAAUGUUGCAAAUAAUAGCAGAAAGGCAACAAAGUGACUGGGACUGUGUAUUUAAAGCAGUCAAUCAAUUGCUGUAGACUGAAGUAAGGUAAAACAAACUGGAUAUAGUAAAAAAACAGUUUAUUAUAAACAACAAUAAAAAUUACUUAAAUAGGUAUAAAAACCAAAAAAUAUAGGUCAGGAACAGUAGAUGAUAUUGUUACCAGUCUUAUGAAAGUGGACAGAUGUUGUAAACCCUCGGACUGGCUGAGGAUGGAUGUGGAUUGAAUAAUGCCAAUUCGUCUCCUGAAUGCUAUAUAUAUAUUUUUUUUUCUCUUCAUCUUUUUGACACAUACUGUCUCCAUACAUUUUUAUGGGCACGUCUUUUAGUUUUUAGUUUGGCACAUAUUCACUGCAUUUAUAUGUCACCUAGCAUUUAUACCUUCACUUCUGUUUUGUUUUGCAGCUCUUAAAGGCACAGUACCCAACAUUUUACACAUUCUUUUUUUACACAUUUUUGCAUAUUACUCAUUUUAUAUAUUAGUCACUUUAUCAGAUUUUAAGUUAUUUUCACAAGUCAGUUCCUGGUAUCCAUGCACUAUCCCCUAGAGUGCUCUUCUUGUUAAUAGUAGUUUGACAUGUUGUCAUCUGUCUCAUGGCGCAUGAGAACUCACAUUUGAAAGCACAAAAACAUUCUUCUCUUAUGUGGGCAUCCCACAUCACUUGAAAAUUAUAAUGCAAAUCGCCUGAUAACAUUGGUGUCACUGGAGUUAUAGGGAUGUAUGAUUCUGGACCCCCAGAUUUUUCUUCCAGCUUAUAGGAAAUGGUAUUCCCUUUGGUUUUUAAAAAAAUGCAGUUUCUAUAAAAAGUCUCUUAAUCCUGAAGGUGCCAGGUAAUCUCUUCAGUAUCAGUUAUAACCUCAUAGCUAAAAAAAAAUACUCAUCCCUUACUAAGAAUAAGGCUGUUUUAGAACUGUUAACUUUAAAAUUUAAUAUAUAAAAACAUGGUGUGUGUUUGUGUAAAACAUCACUGCAAAUUUGAGAAAUCUGUGGAAAAGGCAAGUCUUAUGGCUUGGCUGGUGUGCAGAUACCAGUGUUAAACAAUGCAUUGACUACCCACUGACUAAGGUGGGAGGGGUUUUCAAUCACUUUUUUCCCCGCACUAUAACUUUCUUGGUUUGCGCUCUGCAAGUAACGCCAAGCCUCGAUAGCAAGUCAGUAACCAACCUCAUGCUGAUGAUUUGCAUUAACAAAGAUACAGCUGUCCAUGAGUGGUUCACUGGCUUUGCAUCUCUUCCUUAGUUGUGUUUCAAACCUGUUGUAUACAGCAAACAUAAACUCCAAGGAAUCCAUGUUUUAAGUGGAAUAAUGAGGCAAAAGGUGAUUCUUUCAUUAAUUAACUUGACUAUGCCCACAGAUUAAAUUAGAUUUUUCAUAGUGUAAUAUACUUUAUAUGUAACUGUGCAAUGUGCUAAUAGGAGAGACUUUACUAAGUAAAAAGGUGUGCAAUUCUACUCUUAUCAACGAAGGUUAUCCCAAUUACUUAACGUUGCUGUGUUACAUAUGCUGCAGAAAAUACCAAUAUGUAUUUAUUUUAAAUAGAGUUUUGAACCGGGGGAAAAUACAGCAUGAAUAUGAGUUGUGUUCAGAGCGUUUCUUUACCCAUGCAUUGUAAGGGAUAUGUCAUAUGUUAAACAUUUAUCUAUCUCAUACUGAAUUCAAUCUAAAAUUAAAGUUAUUUAUAUUUUGUACUCCCUCCUUUUCUAUUGUAGGGAAAAGGUGAAUACACAAUGGAAUACAACAGAUAUCAGCCAUGCCUGCCCAUUACACAAGAAGAACUGGUCAAUAAAUAUCUGGAGGCAACAGGGCAGCUUCCAGUGAGGAAAGGAAAGGCUAAGAGCUAACCCAGCUCAUUACACGCUUUAGAUUGAGACUCUGAUAGUGACUGUCUUUUAUCCUACAUGACAUCAGACAGAAGAUCCAAUCUUUCCGCUAUCAAUUUUUAAUAUGCUAAGGAGUUCUGGAAAAAGGAAACUGAAUUUGAAAAUCAGCUAUUUCAUUGUUUCCUGGUAGUAGUUCCCUAUCAGAAGUAGGCAUGGAAGGUUCACAUUUCUGGUUUUUGUAAAACCCCUUGAAUGUAUUCGUGUGUUGCAACGAUAAAGAAUCUUGGAAAGACUCUUAGAAUAUCUGUCAUUAAUGUUCCUGUGUACUGCCCUGUAACGGAUGCUUUUCUGAUUAUUUUCAUUGUGAAUGAUCUCCUGAGUAACCUACGAAGAGCAAAAGCCAAAUGUCUGGCCUGUCACAAGAUGCAGAACACAAACAUUUAUUGCUUUCUUUUCUUACUAGAAAUGUGGAAGUAAAAGAAAAAGAGCUGUCUGCUUUCUGUGGCAUGUAACAGCAGCGUUUACACGUUAAAUCAACAUGAAACAACGUUUUUUUAUUCGUUUGUAACAUAUUUUCUCCCAGUAUAGUGUACAGUUUUUCCUGUCAUUUAUUUUUUUGGGAAGACCGUCAGUUACUGCUAUUACAUGGAGGUAUUUAUACCUUACAGAAUUGCAUUUAGCACAGUACAAGAGAAAAUGGAUCUCAGUUUCUAUUUCCCCACAGUCACAUUGUAUACUUCCUGGCUAUUUGUGGUUUCCAUUUGGAUUUGAGCUGCAGCUCUCUACUGCCAGCUAGUGAUCAUUUUCCCAAUACUUGGUGUCUGCUUUUGUUUUGGUUAGUGAGGUACUCUGUCAACCUGUACCCUCUGUGUAGGGCUUUGUGGCACUCCAUCUUCCUCUACUAGCCUGUCUGCUCUUCCCAGUGCUUGGUGCACCUCUCCUCCAGAACUGCUUGCAGAACUUUAACUUUACCGCUCAAGGAUUUUGGAAAAAGAUCCAAAAAGCCAAAUUUCUAAAUUAAAAAAAUCUACAAACCUGAGUUGUGAUAAAUUAGUUGAAACAAAAUAAGAACAGAUAAUACUGAGGUCUGAUUAGGGUAGGGGGGGAAAUAAAGGAUUUUUUUCCAGAGGGUCGUAAAAAAAUACAAUAAAAAAAAUAUAUAUUUUAAUGCAGGUGGUUUUUUUUUCUCUUCAUGAUUUCAUGCUUAUGCAGAAUAAUCUUUCCAAAAUUCCGUUUGUCCAAUACAAAGUAUUAUAAGAUGCUACAAUUAUCUAUUAUUUCACUUCAUCACUAGACUUGUACGGCUACUAUUUCACCUUCAAAAAACCUCAUAAAGGUUUAACAUCUU